AUGAUGGAGGACGGUGCUGAAGGUGAAAUUGGGGACAUGCUUUCGAUGUGUAACAAACAUCCGUUUUUUGAUGACGAUGACAGCGAAAGAUUUAUGAUUCUCUACGAAAUUUUUACUGUGUUUGAUGAACCAGUUGAAGAAGAAAAACCAAGUUCCGCAGUUAUUGUCUACGAGGAAUUGGUAAAGUCGGGAGGUUCGGGAACAGUUCACAAUGACAUCCUGUAACUCAUUAUCCAAAUUCACCUGAGUUCUCACGCAGUCAAAAACACUAUCCAGAUCGUCAGAACUGCCUUUGCCGAUGGGUAUACUCAAAACGAUAAGGAUGGAAAUGUUCCAGAAGGGAAUAAAGUCAAGUUCGAUGGAGAUGAAACUGUCAUGAAAACCGAUGUCGACUGUGAGAAGCUUGUCAAGGAUCUCAACGAGUUCAUGGAAAAAGAUAGACAGAUGUAUGGGGAAUUGGAAUUCCAAAUUAUUGAAGAGUCAGAGAGAAACCUCGACGGUUAUGCCUAUUUCAGUUUUCUGAAAUUUGUUCGUUGCGGAAACAUUCACCUUCGAAUCCCUCCAUUAGAAGGAAGUUGCACCAAAGAAGUCAUCAUUAAAGUCAUUGAAAGAAUUAUGCAAACUUUUGGGCGAUAUUGUUGAGA